CAUAAACGUUGUGCAGCGAUUGUCUGGCGGCAGGGUCCGACGCAAGGCAGAGCCGCGACUUUUGCUUUAAUAGGCCCGUCCGUUGUAUCUUCAUCUACACCUGCAGGUGAGCGCCGUCUCUCUAUCUUCUCUUAUCUCUGUCCACCUCGUCCCCCGCCCACCCCGCAUACGCCUGCUGUCUUCCCCUUCUACUCGACUCUACCUACACAACCUCCCUUCAGUCAAGCACAAUGGCGACCCUCAGUCAAGCACGCUACGGCAAAGACAACGUGCGCCUCUUCAAGGUCCACCGGCACGACGAUGGCACGCAAGACGUGACGGAAAUGACCGUCUGCACCAUGCUCGAAGGCGACAUCGCCGCCUCGUGGACCAAAGCCGACAACGCCAACAUCGUCGCCACCGACACGCAAAAGCAGACGGCCUACGUCAUGGCGAAGCUGCACCCCGUCAACCCGCCCGAGCUCUUCGGCAGCAUCCUCGCCCAGCACUACAUCGACGAGUACGCGUGGAUCGACGCGGCGCACGUGAGCAUCGUCGUGCACAAAUGGACGCGCAUGCCCGUCGACGGCAAGCCGCACCCUCACUCCUUCCUGCGCGACGGCGACGAGAAGCGGACGGUGGAGGUGACGGCGUCACGGCGGCCGGGCAAGAUUAGCGUGCGCAGCGGCAUCACCGACUUGCUUGUCUUGAAGAGCACGGGUUCGCAGUUCUGGGGCUAUCACAAGGACGAGUAUACCCGGCUGCCGGAGACGCGCGAUCGCAUCUUGUCCACGGAGGUCGAGGCGGGAUGGCAGUGGGACGAUUUCCGGGACCUCGAGGCGGUGAAGAAGCGGGUGGAGGCGUUUGAUCGUGCGUGGAAUGAUGCCCGCACCAUUACGCUGGAGACAUUUGCCAAAGAAGACAGUCCGAGCGUGCAGAAUACAAUGUACCUGAUGGCCGAGCAGAUCCUGGCCGUGGCGCCUGGCGUGCGGGCGGUCGAGUACUCGCUUCCCAACAAGCAUUACUUUGAAAUUGAUCUCAGCUGGUUCAAGGGACUGAAGAAUACCGGCAAGGACGCCGAAGUGUAUGCUCCGCAGAGCGACCCGAACGGCCUAAUCAAAUGCACCGUCACGCGACCGAGUGCAGCAGCGAAGAUAUAAAGUCUUGUGCUUUCGUGAUUCCUCACAGGCCUUUCCAGCGUGGGGUAUUACGAGUGGCAUACGAAUAUAUAGAGCGAGCGCACUGCACUUCGACACGGUCUAGAUUUAUAUAUGACAUAUAUCAUCUCUUCCACA